AUGGCUGGCACUGGUUCGUUCGCUGGUACCUCAAAAACUGGGCGACUAGGUGUGAAUCCUCGUCGAGCUCAUGUGAAAGAUGGGGAGAGGAAACGUGUCAAGACAGCAUGUAACGGCUGCAAUGUUCGGCGCGUCCGGUGUACUGGCGAGAAGCCGUGUACGCAAUGCCAAGCAGCGCAACGGAUUUGUGAAUACCCGGCCGCCGACAAGAAGAUAUUCGUGGCCGCAACCGAGUACGAGGAUCUCAAGACGAGCAGAGCUCUCCUGGAGAAGUGCGUCCAGAAACUGUUGCCCGACCCAGUGCAGCGGCAGAAGUUCCUUGCGGACAUACGAGAGAAUCCAGACAGUUGUCGUAUCAGUGUCAUCUCUGCCAGGGACGAGGAAUCACAGUCCAGUUCAUCGAACGCGUCGACCGAGACUGCGACUUCGACAUCAACGGUCACAUCGAUCUCUAGUAACGCCUCGACGGCCACUGUUGCUUCGACAACCACUGUUGCUUCGAACACCACUGCCACGGCAUCUCCCCCCGUUGAUCCAAACCAUUUUAUGGCGCGCUACCUAGAGAGUCUAGAACCACGGAACUACCUGCAUCUCAUCAUUACUAAUGGAGUCGAUGGAAGUCUUCUUCAGGACCAGAGAGGAAUCAAGCGCUGGCUGGGUGGGAGCUCCGGUGCAUGUUUUCUAGACCAUCUCAAGAGGUUCAUGUACACUCUCAAAUCGGCCUUUGGAUUCACUGGGGCCUCGUCAGACUCCUCUCCCGGCAUGAGGUUUCUCGCUUCUCACGGCCACUACCAGACGUCAGAUUCGCUGUCACUCUAUACGCCCCCAACAGAGCAGAUCAAUGCCUUCUCGUCAAUGAGCCACUGGGAUAUAGCUUGCACCCUACUCUCCAAAGCGGACGAGUACCUGCAGAACUACAGCAACUCGUUGCCCUGCGGAGGCCUUCACUACUUCGGGGAGCUCACGCCGCAGGCCUGGCUGGACGUGCAGACUGGCGAGAAUCCACAGCGGGGCAGAGCACUCUACGAAGCUGCUUUUGCCAUUGGGACCAUUUACUCCCUGAAAGCGACUGACUCUAGGCGAGACGGUCACCUGGGCGAGAUGUUCUUCGCAAAAGCCCGGAGCAUACUGGGGGACCCGCUAGACAUCUCCAGCCACACCUUUCGAGAUAUCUCUACUCUGGCCCUGAUGGCCAUGUACAUGCUGGAGAUGAACCGACGAGACGGGGCCUACUUCUUCCUCUCCCAAGCCCUCACUAUCUGUGCCACAUCCGGGGGAUUGAAGGGCACAUAUGACAAAGAGGGGGAUAGGAGAAUCGUGUGGACCUUAUUCUGUCUGAGCAAAGAUAUUUGCUGCAUGAUGGGUCGUCCGCCCAUGUAUCCCGAUGAAGCCUUCACACUCGCCUUGCCAAAAGAGACAGAAGGCAUGCCACCUCCACACGGCCUGAUCGCACAUAUCGAACUUUGCAAGAUUGCCGGCUACAUUGUCUCCGAUACAUACCAUAUCGCGCCUCGAGAAAUCCCGAUCGUUUACGAGACUCAUAGUAGUCAUGUGACCAAACCGCUAGGCCUGCUGCAACAGUGGCGGGAAAGACUACCCAAGGCUCUACAAAUACCGCUCGAUGUGCCACCAGAUUUUCAUAUACCACCGAGGGAGGAACUACCCCUCGACCUCCAAGAGUCUUUAGAGGCGCAGCCCACCGGUGCUUUGCCGACAGACCGUGCUCUAAGGUAUCGUCCACGGCUAACGACCUACCCACAUCUCACCCCUUCGCAGCUCAUCAUAUUGACGCUCCGGCCGCUUUUCUUCAUCGCGGUCAAGUGUGCCGUCGGCGGCGACUUGACUAAGAUGCGCAGGGACAUGUUUGACAGUCCCGGCGUGAAUCCUGAACACAUUUUGCAGUGCAGUGGCGCCGCACGGCGCAAUUUGCGGUUGGGCCGUCACCUCUACCAGCGGUGCCGCACGAGCUACGACGGCCCUGGCAAGCUCACCCUUACGGACCUGCACCACAUCUUUAACGCAGCCGUCAUCCUGCUCCUCCACCAAAUGGUCUUUUCGAACGUGGUCAACACAGAUACGCUGGCCAUCAACACGGCGCGGCAGAUAUUCGAGCGGGAGGCGCUCACUGAGAUCCCGCCGCCGGGCUGCAGCGUCUCCACGUCGAGCGGCUACGCGUCUGACUGCGUCGGCGUUCUCAACGACCUCGCAUGCCUGGUGGCGCGCAUACGGCAGGUACGAUUCAGGGACUCGGACUAUGCCGACUCAGGCUUGGGUAUGGAUAGCAGUGGCUGGCCGUCCCCGGCAUCGACGGAGGGCUCCCGCGGCGGUAGUAUAGGCGGCGGCAGUGUAAGCGGCGACGGGGCCAGCUCAACUUCGACGGCCACCCUGGGCCGCUCCUCGACAUGCUUACAAGGGGAAAAGAUCAGUGAAAAGGAUCUCGAGGCCAACCUGGGAAGUUUGAACCCUUUCUUCCAUCAGGGGUUGUUUCCCCCAGCAUUUUUUACGUUAACGGGUCCAACACCUACCCCUGAUGCUCAUACGCACCAUAAAGAGGUGGAGAGAUGGGUGCUCGAGGGCCUAUGGGGCUAUACUACACCUGUGUGUCAUUGGAUGGGAUUGUGACCUGGAAGCGAACAGGGGAGGGUUGAAAGAGAAAUGGUCAUGUUGGGACAUCAGUACAUCCAGGAGAUACUUCUGUGAGGCUGAUGGGAAAAGCAUGUAGGUGUAUUUCACGGUGUUACUUGUGUGUAUGUGUUAUGAUUACGGACCAGCGACGAAGAUACGCUUUUUAGUGAGUUUUCUGCUUAGGUGGGAAAAGUAUCUCAGCAGUCACACGACUUGACUGGAGAAGGUGAGCUCGAGGCGAGGAAAAAGAGGGGCUAGAGGGACAGGCAGGUCUGUUUUCUUUUUGUAUUUGUUACAAACAAGGCUGGUUUAAGCUGGUCAUGGUGAGAACGGGAAAGAGAAAAGAAGAAGCACAUGAGCAAUGAAAGAACGGACCAUCAUCAACCCCCUGGCGAUCAGGGGGAAGGUUCCUGGAUAUGUGUUAAAAUAAAUGUAUAAAUACAUACCCUGUCAUGGUGAGCUUUUUGCUGGACAGAAAAGAGCAAAAACCAAUCUUGAUGAAAUCUGUGAGGGAGACGUGGAGGGUUGUUGAGAGGUAGGGGAGCUGGAUCUCAUGUUAAGAUUGUGGGCUCACUCGAGACUGGACGACAACUUUACAACAGGUAUUGUGGCAGACAACCAUUAUUUGUUUGUCACUGCACAGUGAAGGCAGCACAAUCUAAGACAAGUCUUAGAAAUUGCAAAAUUAGUAAUGAAAUAGACAAACGUUAUAAG